CGGAGACGAGAAGUGACAGCGAACGCGACAAUGGAAAGGCGGGAGAGCUCCGCCGGACAACACAGACGUGGGAUUGAAUUCUCCAUUCAUGAGCGGCCGUUGUCGGGCCAUCGUCCACCCGCAUAUGACCGCACGUUGUACAGUCAUCUCCCGCCGCACCAGCAACCGCUACCGCCGGAUCCGGAAGAGGAAUGGCUAGACGAUCUGUCCCACACUCUUCCUCUGGGGAGCGGAUCUACGCAGGAGUGGAUGGGGAGGCACUACCAGCAAAGGGAAGCAGGGACAAGUCGUCAGUCGUACUCGGCAAUGCUGGACGGUGGCGAUACGGAGAUUGUGGACUUGGAUUUCGGCUUGUCAAGCAGGACGCCUGGAGUGGGUGCGAACACUUGUGCAUCGAACCACGUGGGCGCCACAACCAUUGGGCAAACGUAUGUGGGUCGGGUGGGAGUGGCGGGGGUAGGUGGAAGAUCCUCCCGUGUGGGUGGCACGGCAGAUGGGUGUCGUCAAGCGCCCUCCAUUUGUGGAGGCGUGGGACCAGCUCGCGAUCCACCGAGGGCAGUGUUACCCACCCACUCCGCGACGCCGUCGCCUGCGCUGUGGCAGAGGGCUGCCGCACCGGCGGCGAACACCAGCACUUCUCCACCGAAGGAAAUGGGGAGGCAGGCGUGGGCGUCUUGUCGCCAACAGAUGCGCCGAGCGACUGCUGAUAACAUAACGAACGAGGUGUCGCGGAUGCGUGUGGGGAGCGAUGCCGAUGCGGACGAAGAAUCUCCAGAUUCCCAUUGCGAGGAGGAACCGGAAGAUGCGGAUGACUUGGAGAUUCGACCCAUUGGUGGUUCUGUGGGCGAGAAGGGCGGCAAACAUCCAGCUUGGAGUGUUGAGGAGAUGAUCAAGCUCGCUCGAGCGAAGCGGGACCGGCAUGCUCAUUUCGAAGGAAUGCCGCACAACUACGGCCGCACGCGCAACAGGGAAUGGAAGCUGCAAGAUUUGCAGAAGCGUCUGGUGGACGUGGGCGUGAAGAGGACGACCGACGACAUCGGCAAGAAGUGGGAUAACCUCUUCCACCACUAUAAGAAGGUGCAACGAUACCAGAACACGUCCAGGGGGAAGAACUUCUUCAUCUUGACGUCUGCGUUGAGAACAGAAGAGGGAUUCAACUUCCGAAUGGAUCAGCGAGUGUACCUUGGGAUCGACAACAUGCCUCAAGGCAAUAAGACCAUCUACCACGAUAUCCUCACCGACACGAAGCGAUCGGUAGCGCAUGGCGCCACGUGGACAAUACCAAUUCAAAAGGCGAGAGGGCGGAUCCGGCGAAGGCAAUGGCAGGCAAACCGGAAGGGGGCACGUCUCGAAGUCCAAAAGUUGUGCGGGGUUCACGGAUCGGAGGGCGAGAUGGAGGGUGAGGGGGGACAGGACGUGUCGCCCAUGGAUGUUCCUUCCACGGUCACGCCAACGCUCGGGUUCAGGAGAGAUGGUGUCAGCAGGGAGCGGAUGAUUGCGCUGGCCAACCUUGGUCUUCCAGGGACUCCACGUGGUGGCGGGAGCGGAACCGUGCAUUCUCAAGGGAUUGUCAUCAACGACACGACACAGCAAAGGCCUAUCAGUUCAACGUCAACGAUCGUUUUCGUUGUCGAACGCACGGAUAAAGGACAAGUCCCCGUGUCCCCCUUGCGCCACAUGGAUCCGUUGAACACGUUGAUCAUCGGAGGGUCGUCGAGGGUUGUCGCACCUUCCGCACAAGCAAGAAGCCCCAGUGUCCAUGCCACCGCCACUGCUGCGGGAGAAAGGCAAGAAGAUCGGACGGUUGAAGAGGCGGGGAGGAAAGAGGAGAGGAGGGAUGAGAUUCCGCGGCCAGACUGCGGGGACGACAACUCUCUGAACUUGAGGAAGAAACGAACGCGUCAGGAGGAAGAGUUGGAGGCGAAAUCCAAGCUCUGGGUAGACGGGAAGACGUUCUGGGGAAGAGGACCUGGUUGCAUGAUUGCAGACGUCGUGCAUGACUGCGCAAACUAUUAUUGUGCAAUCGUGAACGGUGAUGCAGGCGCCACCGCCCCGCAUGGCGUCAUCAUGCCAGGCCCCGAUGUUCUGUGCGUGCGAAUCGAAGAUCCUGCGCAGCGAGAGCCAGCUCUGCGACGGGCGAGACGGACGGAAAACGUCACUAUGCGCGUCAUCCACGGGUGGAUAUUCAGGUCAUCUUCAAGGUCUGAUGGUUUCGCUCGCGCCGAGUCGUAUGUCGCUGUCCAUUACCCCACCGAUCUAGCGAAAGCCCCGGGUAGUGGUCCGACGACGGGAAAAUGUCCCAGUCAAGACUUAGCAGAGUCGCAGACGCUUUCCGCCCGGUGCCUGCUUCUCGCCUCGUGCAUGUGGGUCAUGCGCAUGGGGGGUGAUGAUGCACGCUCCUACGAGGAGGCGUCGUACUACGCACAGCUCGUGGCGAAGCCCACGAUUGUGGCGGCUGGUUCGCAGUCCUUCAACUGGCGCAGGCAUGUUCUCCAGUCCGCGAAUGCCGUAUUAACUCGCCUCGGGAAGCCGCCCUUGACGAUGGGUGCGUUUCCUAACUACAUCUCGGAGUGGGCUUCAUGUGGAGUGCGCUUCAACUACCACGCUGGUUUGGCAGACCUCGACAUCGCGGCGAAGAUGGACUGGAUGGGGGCGGGACCUUUUGAUGGCGAUCACAAGGAGGACGGUCCCGACGACGACGUAGGGAAGUGAAUUUGGUGGAUAUGGUCGUCCUGCGCAUCGUGGCAGCAUGCUUCGCCCGUGGAGUGGAAUGGUCCGUGGUCUUCGGCAGCAUGCCCGUU